CACGCGCAUUUGGGCUUCUACGAAGUUAUCCUGCAUAGUUCAUCAUGGUGCGCUUGGUCUUCUACCCGCUCUUUACCGACGAGGAGGACUUGUUCUCUCCUCUGAAGGCCCUGGACCAAUUAGGCAACACGGUGCUUUCAGCACUGCGUCAAGCGGACAAGAAGACGAAUCAGGCAUCGGUGGAUCGCAGUUCGAGCUGCCUUUGUCUCCGCGGCGACUCGCCGUCAAGCAGCCGUCGCAAGCGCCACAUGAGCGAGGAAGUGUCGUCGCGAAGCACCGAUUCGAGCGCUGACGAGUCCAAGUUCGUCGUGAACUGCAACGUCCGCGGCUACAAGCCCGAGGAGAUCUCCGUCAAGGCGAUCGGCGACUGCGUCGAGGUGAGCGCCAAUCACGAGGAAGAGAGCGAGGACGGAUGCAGCUACGUGAAGCGCCAGUUCACCCGGCGGUUCACCCUUCCCGAAGGAGUGAAGGCAGAGACUGUAACCUGCGCCCUGUCGUCUUCCGGCGUGCUGGCCAUCGAGGCGCCCAAGCCGGAGGUUCCGAGCAAGAAGCCGAGGAUGAUACCGAUCACUGUCGAGUCAUCCAAGCCGAUCGAGGCGGCGUCGGACGAGGCCAACAAGGAGUCCGCGGAGAAGCAGAAAGAAGGUGCAACCGAAGCUGCGGCCGAGUCGUGAACAUUUCAGCGUUUUGUUCAUAUUGUUGUACGUUCAUCCUUAGGAUCAUGUCUUUCUGUUCGCGAAGUGCGUCCACAUUCCGCAACUUUAACGUCACGUGAUCAAUGCAAUAAACGGGUAUAUUUAGCCC